AGGCCCCGGGGAGUCUGAGGGCAAAUCCUACCUCUGCCUUUAUAAAGGGGCCUGAGGAGAGGUGCUGGGGCUCUCCUGGAGCCCUCAUGGGGGAGGCGGGACAGAGGCAGUUCCGCCAGUGUUCUCACAGACCCACAGUUGUUCCACCCUGCCCCUGCCACCGUGAAGACCCAGCUGCCUGUUCCAGCCUCUGCGCUGCUGAGCCCCUCUCUCUCCAGUGCACUUGAGGACCCCCACCCCUCACACUGCUCUCUCACAUUCUUCCCUCUCAUUCUCUCUCUCUCUCACACAUUCUCUCUCUCUCACACACACACUUCUCUCAUACUGUAUCUUUAAUUCACCCUCAGUAUAGUCUUUCUCUCACACUACAUCUCUUUUCUCUCCCACAUAUAGCCUUCUCUCUCUACCACCCGUCUUUCACGCAUUCCUUCCCUCUCUCUGUUUCUCUCCCUCUUCUCUCCCUACACCUCCCCUGGUGCAUAAUUGGAAACAAAGUGAGUUUGUUGUGACCGGUGGGGAAGAGGACGUUUGGAGGCAGUGGCCAGGGCGGCAGCAGCAGAGACAGGCUGGGGCCAGAAGCCGUGCCGACAGCCGGAGACCUCAGUGCUCAGCUCUUCCAGGGAGCAGGGUCUCCAGCUGCUGAGCAGCUCCAGGACAUCCUGGGGGAGGAAGAUGAGGCUCCCAACCCUACCCUCUUCACAGAGAUGGACACUCUGCAGCAUGACGGAGACCAGAUGGAGUGGAAGGAGUCAGCCAGGUGGAUAAAGUUUGAAGAAAAGGUAGAGGAAGGAGGCGAGCGCUGGAGCAAGCCCCAUGUGUCCACACUGUCGCUGCACAGCCUCUUCGAGCUCCGGACCUGCUUGCAGACGGGGACGGUGCUGCUGGAUUUGGACAGUGGCUCCUUACCACAGAUCAUAGAUGAUGUCAUCGAGAAGCAAAUUGAGGACGGCCUUCUGCGACCAGAGCUCCGGGAGAGGGUCAGCUAUGUCCUCCUGAGGAAACACCGUCACCAAACCAAAAAGCCCAUCCAUCGCUCCUUGGUUGACAUUGGAAAGUCCGUCUCUUCCACCACCAAUCGCAGCCCAGCCCGGAGCCCAGUGGCUGGUCCAAGCCUACACCACUCCACCGAGGACCUGAGGAUGCGGCAAAGCGCCAAUUACGGAAGGCUGUGUCACGCCCAGAGCAGGAGCAUGAAUGAUAUUUCUCGCACCCCAAACACAGACCAGCGGAAAAACAAAUUCAUGAAGAAGAUCCCCAAGGACUCAGAAGCCUCCAAUGUACUCGUGGGUGAGGUGGACUUCCUGGACCAGCCAUUUAUUGCCUUUGUGCGUCUCAUCCAGUCAGCCAUGCUGGGAGGAGUGACUGAGGUCCCUGUCCCCACCAGAUUUCUGUUCAUAUUGCUUGGACCUUCUGGGAGAUCAAAAUCCUACAAUGAAAUUGGCCGUGCCAUUGCAACCCUCAUGGUAGACGAUCUCUUCAGUGACGUGGCCUAUAAAGCCCGAAAUCGGGAAGAUCUGAUAGCAGGGAUUGAUGAAUUUCUGGAUGAGGUCAUCGUCCUUCCCCCUGGAGAAUGGGACCCAAAUAUCCGAAUUGAGCCCCCCAAGAAAGUGCCCUCUGCUGAUAAGAGGAAAUCCGUGUUCUCCUUGACGGAGCUAGGCCAGAUGAACGGCUCUGUGGGCGGAGGCGGAGCGGUUGCUGGAGGCGGCGCGGGAGGCGGCGGCAGUGGCGGCGGGGCCGGCGGAGGGAGCAGCGGGGAAGACGGAGAGAUGCCAGCCAUGCACGAAAUCGGGGAAGAGCUUAUCUGGACGGGAAGGUUCUUCGGUGGCCUGCGUCUGGAUAUCAAGAGGAAGCUGCCCUGGUUCCUAAGUGAUUUCUACGAUGGCUUCCACAUUCAGUCCAUCUCUGCCAUCCUGUUCAUCUACCUCGGCUGUAUCACCAACGCAAUCACCUUUGGUGGGCUUCUGGGGGAUGCCACUGACAAUUAUCAGGGAGUGAUGGAGAGCUUCCUAGGCACUGCCAUGGCCGGCUCCUUGUUCUGCCUCUUCUCGGGACAGCCCCUCAUCAUCCUCAGCAGCACAGGGCCCAUCCUCAUCUUUGAGAAGCUCCUCUUCGACUUCAGCAAAGGCAAUGGCCUGGACUACAUGGAGUUCCGCCUCUGGAUUGGCCUACACUCAGCCAUCCAGUGCCUUAUCCUGGUGGCCACGGAUGCCAGCUUUAUCAUCAAGUAUAUCACCCGCUUCACUGAAGAGGGAUUCUCCACCCUCAUCAGCUUCAUCUUCAUCUAUGAUGCCAUCAAGAAGAUGAUCGGUGCCUUCAAGUACUACCCCAUCAACAUGGACUUUAAGCCUGACUCCAUCACCACCUACAAAUGCGAGUGUGUCGCCCCUGACACAGCGAAUACAACCGUGUUCAAUGCUUCAGCCCUGCUGACGCCAAACACCAACACCUCUCUGUACAACCCCCUUAACCUCACAGCGCUGGACUGGUCCCUGCUGAGCAAGAAGGAGUGUCUGAACUAUGGUGGGCAGCUGCUGGGGAAUUCCUGCCAGUUCAUCCCAGACCUGGCACUCAUGUCCUUCAUCCUUUUCUUUGGGACGUACUCCAUGACCCUGACCCUGAAGAAGUUCAAAUUCAGCCGCUAUUUCCCUACCAAGGUCCGGGCUCUGGUAGCAGACUUUUCCAUUAUCUUCUCCAUCCUGCUCUUCUGUGGAAUUGAUGCCUGUUUUGGUCUGGCAACCCCCAAGCUGCAUGUGCCCAGCGUCAUCAAGCCUACGCGGCCUGACCGAGGUUGGUUCGUGGCCCCCUUUGGGAAGAACCCGUGGUGGGUGUACCUGGCGAGCAUCCUGCCUGCCCUGUUGGUGACCAUCCUGAUCUUCAUGGACCAGCAGAUCACAGCCGUCAUAGUCAACCGGAAGGAGAACAAGCUGAGGAAGGCUGCUGGCUACCAUCUGGACCUGUUUUGGGUGGGCAUCCUCAUGGCCCUGUGCUCUUUCAUGGGGCUCCCCUGGUAUGUGGCAGCCACGGUCAUCUCCAUCGCCCACAUCGACAGCCUCAAGAUGGAGACGGAGACCAGUGCCCCUGGGGAGCAGCCCCAGUUUCUGGGGGUCAGGGAACAAAGAGUGACCGGCACCAUUGUCUUCAUCCUGACGGGCAUCUCUGUCUUCCUGGCUCCUAUCCUGAAGUACAUCCCCUUGCCCGUGCUGUAUGGAGUCUUUCUCUACAUGGGCGUGGCCUCCCUGAAUGGCAUCCAGUUCUGGGAACGCUGCAAGCUCUUCCUGAUGCCAGCCAAGCACCAGCCAGACCACGCCUUUCUGCGGCACGUGCCCCUGCGCCGAAUCCACCUCUUCACCCUGGUGCAAAUACUCUGCCUGGCAGUGCUCUGGAUCCUCAAGUCCACGAUGGCCGCCAUCAUCUUCCCGGUCAUGAUCCUGGGCCUCAUCAUCGUUCGAAGGCUUCUGGACCUCAUCUUCUCCCAGCAUGAUUUGGCCUGGAUUGACAAUAUCCUCCCAGAGAAAGAGAAGAAGGAGACGGAUAAGAAGAAGAAGAGAAGGAAAGGGGUCCCUGAGGACAGUGAUGAGGAGGAAAAAGAUCUUCCAGUUGGAGUUACUCAUUCUGAUUCUUCCUUCAGUGACUCAGACCUUGACCGAAGCAUCACUUUGCACUUCAGAAUUUCCUGUCCAGCUUCACCUGCUUUCAACUACUCACAGAGCCCAGUGUUCAUGGUGCCACAGGUGAAGAUAGAAAUGGAGUCAGACUGUGACUUCACAGAUGUGGACAGAUAUGGAAGAGAAACUGACGGCGAGACCACCCUCUAGGACGCAGCUUCCCCCAGAUGUGGUUUAAUCUUCACUGUGGAAGGACAUGGUUUAAUCUUCAUUGUGACGUCGGGGCCGAAUCCCUGAACUUCCCUGUGCCGGUUUCCUUAUUUGCCAAACCGAGGGUCACUCCACUGGAUAAAAAACUGAUCUGUGGGUGAAAAGUACUACUUAUGUGCAAAGCUAUCUCCUUUUUGUAGUUAUGAAAACAACAAAGGAAACAUACUUUAUUUUAAAAUGCCGUCCAGGAUAGAAAUUAUAACAUGUCUUGAAAUGAAAAAAAUGCUUGCCUCCCCAAAUUAUAGCUAGGAUAAACGGGCAAUAGUAAAUUUUUAUUAAAACAAAUAUCAAUUAGAUUUUUUUUUAAGUUUAGAUUUUAAAGUAUCUAGAUGGUCUUGAAAGAACUAUUAAAAUGCUCACACUUCAGUACACCAACGUUGGAAAGUUUGUUUUGCAACUUGGCAUUGGGAAGAAAUAUUUCAAAGGUCCUAUCUUUCCCUAUCUCAUUCAGUUUUCAAAGGGUCAUUUGUCAAGUCUGAACCAUCUGCAUGCAUUGCGGCCUUGUUCCAGCACAGAAGUGUGACUGGAGCUUUCCCAGAUUGAAAAGCCAGUUGUGAAAGUCUGUUAAUGAAAGAACCAACACAUUAGAGUGGGUAAAUGUUUCUAAAAUAAAAUUGUUCUUGUUAAAGUGAAACUUCAAACCACGUUACAUCAACAAAAUGACCCUUUAAAUUAAUAGCACUGGUUUUUCACAUCCAGAAUAAGAUUUCUUUACACCUUCAGGUAGGCUCUUCCUACAAGUUUUCAAUGGUCUGAUUCCCAAAGUCAAACUCCCAUCCACAUGACUGCUGCAUGUUAGGCAGAGCUAAUGUAAAAUAUUAAAUUAUAACUUUGCAGUAUUAGAUUACUACUUUAAAGGAAUGAUUAGAAGCCAAGUUGGAUAGAUUAAUGACGCAUUAGUAAAGAAGCAUGAAACUUACUAUCAGUCUGUCUUCAAUCCCCAUUUGACAAACAUCAACAUUAUUUAUUUAACACCUACUAUGUGCCUGAUAGCCGCAAUGCAUCUGACAUUUACUGUCUCCAAAACAACUAUGGAUUUGAAUUUCAAGUAAAUCUCUUUGGUUAGUCGCCACAUUUACUCAAGAUUACAAAUGCAGGUGCUUUUUUCUUUAUUCUUUUCUAUUUUUUAAAGACAAAUGACACUAGAUCAUUAACAUUUGGGUACUAGGACAGCUAAUUGCCUCUGCGAUCUUCAGAGCCUUGUACAGUGCCUGGUCCAUGGAAAAACUCUCAGUGUUUAUUAAAUCUCAGAGCUCCUUUCCAAGGGAUACUGCCAAGAGGUAAAGCUCUAAACCUCUCCCACUUGAUCACAGCAGAAUGACUAAGCUGCUCACUACUCCAGAACCAUCCCCUGAAUUUAAGUGCAAAUUCUGUAUCUUUAUCUGCACCAAUCCUGGAAGAGCUAACAAUCUACCCUUAACAUUUAUUUUAAAACUUAGCUGAUUUCCAAUGGCACUUUGUCCAAAUUAAACUGUAGAAAUGUUAUGGAUUCCGGAGUAAAUGUGCUUGAUUAAUCAAACAAGUUGGAAAACUAUGAUGUUAGUUUUUUGUUGUUGUAAAUUGAUCACUGUAAUUUCCACCUUCUAUGUCAUUUAUAUUUUGUACACACAUGAACUUUGUAAUUUUGAUAGCUUUUUAACAGGUUGACAUAUUGUUACUUCUCCUUGCAGUAGGUCAGAACUAUUUUCCCAUUUGUAACUAUAAUUCAAUAAAACUUAAUCCUGUCUGCUCA